UCCCCCUGCCCCAGAUUAAUGUGACCCCUGAAGGAGAAAGGGCCGAGAAAGACGGCCCCGGAGAGAUCUUGAGUGAGAACUCCCCAAGUGGGUCAGACAGUAUGGAGACUGUGUCGGAAAGAGAUAUGGGAGAGGGGGUGGAGAUUCUGGAGGAACACCUCCCCCCACGAAAAAGAAAUGCGGAGGAGCUCUCCGACCCCGAACAAGGCGAUGAGAAAAAGGGCAAGGUGGAAUGGGAGAGCUCCCAGGCGGAGGAAGAACCCAGAACCUUCCCCCCCAACUCCCCCAACACAAUCUCCUUUUUAAGUCCGGUUUUAACCUCCUCUCCCUGCCAUCCCCCGUUACCCCGGCGGGAGAGAGAGGAAGUACCAGAAAAAUAACCUCCUUUCAACUGUUUAAAUGCCUUUUCAUUUAGCACUGUUUUUACUCACCCUUUUAUGGCUUUUAACAUCACCACUAUAAAUGUGAGAAGUAUAAAAACAGAAAUAAGAGCACAGUCGGUUUUAUCCUUUUUAGAAAGGUUUAAUUCAGAUGUGUUUUUAUUACAGGAGUGUGGUCUACCCUUUUUAUCCUCUUAUAGGAAAUGGGAGGACAAGUGGCAGCAUGGGCCCUCCAUUUGGAGUGGCUCAAAUUUUAAUAAAAAUGACGGUGUUGCCAUUUUAAUCAAGACCCCACAUGUGGUGGUGAGGGGGAGCACGGUGGUGGAUCGGGAACCAGUGUGUCCAGUGCGCGGGCUUGCUAUAGGCGAGCCCACAACGGUUUGGCGUAAUGUGGCCCAUCCUGCUCUCCUGAAUCGGCACCGGGACCUGUCCUGGAUGGUCGCCCAUGAGAUCCUCCCGGUCAGGGCCGUCAUGCACUCCCGGGGCAUGGCGAGGACAUCCGCGUGCCCCCGACCAGGCUGUGGCCAAGAGGAGUCGGUGAGGCACUUGCUCUGGGAGUGCAGAGCCGCCAGGGACCUGUGGAAGGAAGUAGGCCCCCUGAUCUCCCCGUGUCUUCCAGCAGGGGAGGACCUAACGCCCCAGCUCGUGCUGUAUGGGGUGGGCCGAAGGCCUAUUCCACCAAAGGCCUUCACCAAGCUCUGGCCCACCCUCACGUGUCUGAAGGCAGCACUGUGGUCCUCCCGCAACCUGCUGGUAGCGAAACAGGUCAACACCACCCCCAGGCAGUGGCCAUGGUAG